CGUCCCGCACCUGGGAGGGAAGGAAACACCGCGUCCCGCACCUGGGAGGGACUCACAGCAUCCCGCACCUGGGCGGGCAGAGACACCGCAUCCCACACCUGGGAGGGAAGAAACACCGCAUCCCGCAGCUGAGCAGGACACACAGCAUCCCGCACCUGGGCGGGCAGAGACACCGCAUCCCGCAGCUGGGAGGGAAGGAAACACCGCAUCCCGCAGCUGGGCGGGGACACACCGCAUCCAGCACCUGGGCAGGACGCACAGCAUCCCGCAGCUGAGCAGGACACCGCAUCCAGCACCCGGACACCGUCCCGGCCGGCAGGAUGAGCGGCAGCGCCGGGGGAGCCGCGCCGGGCUCCGCGGGGCUCUGCCCCGGCCACGGAUGAGGUCUGUUCUAUGGACACUGAACCCCCAGCUCCCUGUGCCUGUUGCCUGUGAUGGAAGAACUUGAUGUGAAUGUGAGUUCCAGGGAGGGCUCCGGCGUGGCGGGGAAGGUGCUGCUGCUCUCCUUCAUCUCCGCCGUCAUCCUCAUGGCCAUCCUGGGCAACCUGCUGGUCAUGGUGGCCGUGUGCCGGGACAGGCAGCUCAGGAAAAUCAAGACCAACUAUUUCAUUGUCUCCCUGGCCUUUGCUGACCUGCUGGUGUCGGUGCUGGUGAUGCCCUUUGGAGCCAUGGAGCUGGUUCAGGACAACUGGGUCUAUGGGGAGAUGUUCUGCCUGGUGAGGACAUCCCUGGACGUGCUGCUCACCACAGCCUCCAUCCUGCACCUCUGCUGCAUCUCCCUGGACAGGUACUAUGCCAUCUGCUGCCAGCCCCUGGUGUACAGGAACAAGAUGACCCCGCUGCGCAUCGCUGCCAUGCUGGGAGGCUGCUGGGUCAUCCCCUCCUUUAUUUCUUUCCUCCCUAUCAUGCAAGGCUGGAACAGCAUUGGCAUCAUUGAUCUGAUCCAGCAAAGACAAUUCAACAAAGCCUCCAACUCCACCUACUGCAUCUUCAUGGUGAACAAACCCUACGCCAUCACCUGCUCCGUGGUGGCUUUUUACAUCCCCUUCCUGCUGAUGGUGCUGGCCUACCACCGCAUCUACGUGACGGCGCGGGCGCACGCGCGGCAGAUCCGGCUGCUGCAGCGGGCAGGGAACCCCCAGGAGCCACGGGAGCCACGGAAGAACACCCAGGAACCACGGCAGCACCUGCAGGAGCCACGGCAACACCUGCAGGAACCACGGCAGCACCUCCAGGAACCACGGCAGCACCUGCAGCAGCCACGGCAGCACCUGCAGGAGCCAUGGCAGAAACUCCAGGAGCCACGGAAGAACAUCCAGGAGCCACAGCAGAACCCACAGGAGUCACAGCAGCACCUCCAGGAGCCACAGCAGAAUUUCCAGGAGCCACGGCAGAAUUUCCAGGAGCCACGGGAGUCACGGCAGAAUUUCCAGGACCAGCACAGCUCCCACCGCAUGAAAACCGAGACCAAAGCUGCCAAGACCCUGUGCAUCAUCAUGGGCUGCUUCUGCCUCUGCUGGGCCCCGUUCUUCGUCACCAACAUUGUGGAUCCCUUCAUAAACUACACGGUGCCCGGCAAGCUGUGGACGGCCUUCCUGUGGCUGGGCUACAUCAACUCGGGCCUGAACCCUUUCCUCUACGCCUUCCUCAACAAGGCUUUCAGACGUGCCUUCCUCAUCAUCCUCUGCUGCGGCGACGAGCGCUACCGCCGGCCCUCGGUGCUGGGCCAGAGCGUGCCCUGCUCCACCACCACCAUCAACGGCUCCACGCACGUGCUGAGGGUGAACAGCUGGAAGUGUUGACCUCCCUGCCAGAGGCUGACAGACCCUUUGUGCCCCAGGACACCUUAGUGACUCCUCCUUAGCUUAAUGAGCUCCACCAGCCCCUGGCACCGCUGCUCUUGCUGCUCUGGCUCCACUGGGGGACCCGCAGAACACGGAGG